AUGUCGGCAUCACGCAGCCUUCUCAUGCCUGCUUCGCGGCUAUUGGCUGCCUCCGCUUCGACUUGGGAUUCCAGCUCGCGUUCGGUUAUGGCUGCUCGAGCACUCUCCACUUCAUCGGUUCAGCAGGCGAUCAGCAAGUUUACCAUGCCUGCCAUGUCUCCCACCAUGACUUCCGGUGGUAUUGCAGCAUGGAAGGUUAAGGAGGGUCAGGCUUUCUCUGCGGGAGAUGUGUUGCUCGAGAUCGAAACCGACAAGGCGACCAUGGAUGUCGAGGCGCAAGAUGACGGUAUUCUCGCCAAGAUCAUCGUUCAGGAUGGAAGCAAGGAUGUGCAAGUCGGCAAGACCAUCGCUAUGCUCGCUGAAGAAGGAGACGACAUCUCCAACGUCGAGACACCCAAAGAUGAUGCUCCCGCUCCCUCCUCUACAGAUGCUUCCGACAAAUCGAGACAGACCUCGGACAAGUCUGCACCAGAACCCUCCACCCAGACUGCAGCCUCGACCGGCUCUGCAGCGCCUUCCACACCUGGCGCUUCCAGCUCGAACGCACAUCACCACUUCAAAGGCCCCCUCUUCCCCUCUGUGCAGCGAUUGAUUGCCGAAAACAACAUUCAAGACGCUGAGAGCAAAAUCAAAGGAACCGGAGUUCGCGGUAUGAUCACCAAGGGUGACGUCCUUGCUUUCCUUGGCAAGGCUAAGACACCCACUGGCUCAUUCAAGGAGCCCAAGGGUGGGAUUGCUGUUCUUGGUCCUUCGCAAGCUGCUCCUAAGGGUGGUGCUUCAAGCGGUGCACCUGCUAAGUCUGCUCCAGCUGAGCCAUUGUCGGCAAACGCUCUCCGUUCGCUUAUCAUUGGCGGUCUCGCUUUGUCUUCGCGCUCCGCACGUCAGCAGGCUGCACCAGUCGCACCGGCACAGCCAUACCCGCAGCAAGCUAUUGACAAUGCGUUGGAGGGAUACACCUUCGCUUCCGCCUCUGCGCCAAAGCCAUUGCCAACUGGAUCAACGCGCAAGGAGGGUAUUCGCAGCGAUGACCCGCUUUGGGACCUUAUCUGA